AUGGAAACUCUGAGGAAUGCUUACAACUACCUGCUUGGUCAGGGCGAGAAUCCGGCCGUGGGCACGGAUGAGAUUUUCCCAUUGUACUUCCUUGACAACCUGCAGGCCGGACGAGUUCUUGUUCUAAGCCAAACCUUCAAAUUCAACGAUGUCCUGGACCCAGAGAAGUUGCAUGAUGGACUCAAAAAGUUGAUCCAGACCGGGGAUUGGAGGAAGCUCGGUGGGCGGCUUCGUAAAAAGUCCGACGGCAAUCUCGGACUCCAUGUACCAAAAGAAUUCACCAAAGAACGGCCAGCAGUCCAAUUCUCCGCGGAGAAAAUUGACAUUAGCAUCGACGAGCACUCUAUUGCUAGGCAGUUUCCUAGAGCAACCGAUUCCCCUUCUUUACACCCUGGGCAGGAGGUCUUCGAAGAAUUCAGUGCAUUGUCGAAAGGGCCAAAGACCGUUCAAGACUACCUCCAAAGUGAUCACCCAGUUUUUCGAGUCCAUGUCACCGUAUUCACUGACGCCACUAUUGUUGUUUUCAUCUGGCCACAUGCGGUGUCUGGCGCUCUGGGACUGAAGAAUAUUCUAUCGGCCUGGUCCGAGGCGCUGAAGGAUGAAGGAAAUAUCCCAGAGUUGUUGGGUGCCGGGAAGGAUGUACUCGACGGAAUAGGAACUUCGAAAGACUGUACUGCACCGUAUGUUCUCGAUAAUGUCGAAUUGAGAGGCUGGGGGUUUGCCAAAUUCGCAUUUCGGCUCAUGUGGACGGUCUUCUGGCGGCCGAAGGUUGAGGCACGCACUAUAUGCCUUCCUCGAGAAUUUGUCUCUGAUCUUCGACAAGCUACGCUGAAGGAGCUCUUAAAAAUUCAAAGAACCGAUACUGAUGCUUUCUUUAGCGAAGGUGACGUCUUGACUGCUUGGCUGGCAAGAUUCGUUUCUCAAGCACGUGGAGGAACAAGACCUGCGAUCUUGGUCAACCCCCUGGAUGUGUCAGGUCGUCUCAAAUCUGCCCUGGCACCUGGAGGACUGUACGUUCAAAAUAUGGCCGUCGCUUUGUACACUCUUGUCGAAGCCAACAUCCUGAACAAGGGAUCACUGGGGGAGGUGGCUCGUGUGGUGCGUUUGUCCAUACAACAACAGGCCACAGAAGAGCAAAUGCGUUCUCAACUGCGGCACUUUAGAAAGCUUGGGCCGAACAAAAUGCAGUCGCUUUAUGGCGCUUCAGACUCCCACUUGGUCGCAUUUUCCAACUGGACGGCUUUCAAGAUGUUCGAAGCUGUUGACUUCAGCCCCGCUAUCAUUAAGCGAUCACCCCAUUCUGCAGGUGGAAAACCAGUGUACAUGCAUUGUCAGUCCUUGAGCAGGGAUUCGUUCAUGAGGGAUGUCUUUGCAACCACCGGCAAAGAUUUAGACGGUAAUUAUUGGAUCAAUGGUUUCUUAUACCCGGAAGACUGGCAAGGGUUUGAGGAUUACAUGCAGAAUACGAAGGAGAGUUCGAGAAGAAAGUUAGAAACGACGGAAGAUGCCAGAGCCGACAUCUCAACACAAUGA